AUGGGUAUGGUUCAGUACAGGAAGAACAAGAUUAACACCUCGCAGGCACAGGACGCAUUGCCAAGAGUACCAUCUUCUCGGUCAGAAGAUGUCGCCCAAGAAUUUAUUAAUACAGUUCAAGCUCCGUCCUACUGUCAAGCAUACGGCAGUCAGUCCGAUCUAAUUAACUGCCCUAUCAUCGACGUGAUAUAUAUCGCCACACCUCAUUCCCACCGCUUCCAGAAUGCCAUGCUAGCUCUCGAAGCGGGAAAGCAUGUCCUGUUCAGUGUAGAGGUACGUCGACUUCUCCAAGCCGGUGCCAUAGGGACCGUCAUCCAUGUCUUCACAGAUAAUGGCCUGAGAGCGGACCUAUAUAGGGAUCUCGCGACAGACGACCGCAUGGUAGUAAAAGAACUGGCUGGCGGAGCGCUGCUGGACCGUAUCGACGAAACCACCAUCAUCCUGAUGAAAUUUGCCCCCAGCACAGCAGACGGACCGGAAAUCCAAGCCACAGCCAGUGUCAGUCUACGUACCACAACCAACACAGUCGGCGAGACCGCCGCGGUACGGAUCCAAGGCGAUCAAGGCGAAAUACAAAUUUUCGGCUGGCCCUGGUGCCCAUCCCGACUACGGGCCAUCAACCGGAGUCCCGGGAUGAACAGCCGGGGGUCCCGAGAUGCCCUGGCUAGAGAGCCUGACAGUCAUGGAGAUUAUGGACACAGUGCGUCGGGAGAACGACCUCCAAUUCCCAGAGGAGAUCGAGACAUUGGAGUAUCCUGUAGCGCUACCUCCUAA